GCAACGGAAACAGUGGGGAACCCGAGCGCCGAACAGUUAGAGAUCUUAUACUCCAAACUUUAAAGAUAAAAGCAAACCAUAGAUAGGAUAGGCACGUGAAGAUUAACAUAACAAGCUAGUGCCGUUUCCUAAGUAUUUAUCGCGUUUUAAUUUUUACUUAGUUGUAUUUUUAUUUCUUUAUUUUUAAACCAACAGUCAGCAAUAAAACCUAAAGGAAGACUGCUUGCUACGUGUGCACGUCAGCCUAUCUGAAUUAGCCUUCAGCCUAUAUCACAGCAGCUGAAAACGCCUUGGAUUUAAAUUAACAUUGAUCCACUAUCGGGGAAAAGCUGCAUGUGAAAAAGUACACUUUGGUGAAAUCGCUGCUGUCUCCCAUGUGAGGGUUGGUGCCAACGCCUUUUUUCUCUCCGCUCCCCGGUUAUUACGGCUGCUGAAGAAAUCGCUUGCUGUAUUUUGUGUCGCUUCUCAAACUAAGAGUUUGAGUUUUCAUAUAUCGCUCUCCCUACGCAUACUUACUGGUAUUCAAAAUGGGAUGUACACUAAGUGCCGAGGACAAAGCGGCGGUGGAGAGGAGUAAAAUGAUCGAUCGGAAUCUGAGAGAAGACGGGGAGAAAGCGUCCAGGGAAGUCAAACUGCUGCUGCUUGGUGCCGGGGAGUCUGGGAAAAGCACAAUAGUGAAGCAGAUGAAGAUUAUCCAUGAGGACGGGUACUCAGAGGAAGAGUGUAAGCAGUAUAAAGUGGUGGUGUACAGCAACACCAUCCAGUCCAUCAUCGCCAUCAUCCGCGCCAUGGGCCGCCUCAAGGUUGACUUUGGGGACCCUGCACGGGCGGACGACGCUCGGCAGCUCUUCGUUCUGGCGGGCACGGCGGAGGAGGGGGUGAUGACGGCGGAGCUGGCGGGGGUCAUCAGGAGGCUGUGGAAGGACGGAGGGGUGCAGAGCUGCUUCACCCGCUCCCGCGAAUACCAGCUCAACGACUCCGCCUCAUACUAUCUGAAUGACCUGGACAGGAUAUCCCAACAGACCUACAUCCCAACCCAGCAGGACGUGCUUCGAACCCGAGUCAAAACCACCGGCAUCGUGGAGACGCACUUCACCUUCAAGGAGCUGUACUUCAAGAUGUUCGACGUGGGCGGCCAGCGCUCGGAGAGGAAGAAAUGGAUCCACUGCUUCGAGGGCGUGACCGCCAUCAUCUUCUGCGUGGCACUCAGCGACUACGACCUGGUGCUGGCUGAGGACGAGGAGAUGAACCGCAUGCACGAGAGCAUGAAGCUGUUCGACAGCAUCUGCAACAACAAGUGGUUCACUGACACCUCCAUCAUCCUGUUCCUCAACAAGAAGGACCUGUUCGAGGACAAGAUCAAGAGAAGCCCGCUCACAAUCUGCUACCCAGAGUAUUCGGGGUCCAACACGUACGAGGAGGCUGCAGCCUACAUCCAGUGCCAGUUCGAGGACCUGAACCGGCGGAAGGACACCAAGGAGAUCUACACCCACUUCACCUGCGCCACCGACACCAAGAACGUGCAGUUUGUCUUCGACGCCGUCACCGACGUCAUCAUCAAGAACAACCUGAAGGAGUGCGGGCUGUACUGAGCCAGAUGAGCUUCUUUCACAGGUUGCUCUCAAGGCUGAAGCAUGACUAAUUGGAUGAUCAUCACUGGGACUGUUUGUGGGAGAGGGUUCUGGGACUGUUUGUGGGAGAGGGUUCUGGGUCUGGAGGGUUUAGACGACUGCAACGGUGCCCCCACUGCAUGCAGAUUCCCCCGCGUGUUCCAGCGGCAAAUUCUCAAUAUCCCAUAUUUUAUCCCCCCGCCCACCCCGCCCGAUAAAGAGGUCAAAUUACGACUUCUGCUAAAGCAUACUGGGCCCGAGCUGUGUAAAUAUAAUAGAGACGCUCUCCCGGAAAGUUCCGCCAUUUCACUCCAGCAUAUUUUCUGGAUUUCCUGGAGGACGGUGCCUCAUUAGGCUGUUUUAGAAAUGUAACCCGGAAAAGAGGGGAUAAAAGAAAGCACUUUCAUCAGCAUCGUAGAACAGAAGCACAUCUGUACAGAAAUGUAAAACCCAUUUUCCUCCACUUACCAGUUUGCUGUUCAGCCGGUCCUGAGGUUGCCACUUUACUAUGCACAAUGACCAAAACGUACAAAGCUGAUUUUAGUUUUUCGAUGUCGGUUCACAUCCACGAGCUUGUGGGGAAACCCGCUUUUGGUCCGUAGUCACCAUUUUAUAUACUCCACACCAGUAUUCCUUUACCAGUUUUACCAACCUGUUCAAAAUAGUCUUGCAUUUGUUAGUUUUUUUUUUGUUUUUGUUUUUGUUUUUUUUGUCAAAAUUGCAUCAUCUUCAGCUUUCCUCUUGUAAAUAUUGAAUAGAUUUAUUUCAGGAUUUUAAUUUAGCUGUGCACAGAAGCUUAGUUUGAUUUUUCAUCAAUAUUUUAGUGAUGUUCCCCCCCCCCCUCUCUGUCUAAAAAUGGCACAAGAAAAAGGAUGAUUUUCGGUACACUAAUUCACCUGUGGAUCAUGAAUUGUGCAAUGGAAAUGGUCCAAUGAGGCUUCAUUUAUUCUAACCACUGCUACUGAUACCUAUCUCGUUUGCUGAAAGUUUAAAAUAGUUUGGCCUUUGAAGCAGAGUGCAGUUUGUAGUUUAAACUUAUUUAAGAGGCAGUUCACUUUCUGGAGUUUUUUGGUGAUAUUUCAGUUUUCAUGUGAAUGUGUGACAAAGGAUAUUUUAGAUUAUGGCUCUCACAGGAACUAGUUCCAACUCAACAUGACAUUAAAGGUCAUGAAUCCGUAAUAACCUUCAUCGCACACAAAAACUGCGUCCGAAUGAAAACCAUACGCUAAAACUGAAAUGAUAUCAAAAAUCCCCACGGAGUGAACAAUCCCUUUAAGCUGCCGAAAAAUAUUUUAAAAUCCACCAGUGUUGAUACCUGUUACGGAGCUGGUAUCCUCCAUUUUGUUUUUUAACCAAAACUAGAGAGGGAGUCUUUAAGGGACCACUUUAUACUAACCAAUAUUUUUAUAUUUGUGGAGCUUGUCCACUAAGUUUGAGUAGGAGUUGUUACUGUUAAUGGAGAACAGCUAAUGUUUUGACCGUGGCUUUGAUUCAGAUUGUUUAACACUUUCUGUGGAAACGUUAUUCAAAAAAAGCUAUGAGUUAUACGCAUGGAAGAGAAACAGGUUUGGCGUACCACUGCUUGGCAUUUUAAGCCUCAUUUUAAUGAGAGAACAAUGUUUUUAAUUGAAAUGGGUGUAUUUUAAUUGAGUGGGGCUCAGUGCAGAACGUACUUGGCAGUCACAGAUCUAGUUUGUGAAAGUGGCCUUUUUUUGUUCUUUUGUUUUUUUUUUGGGAAGGGCAGUUAUGUUCUCCUUGGCCUCUGUCCCUACCGCAUGCCUUCACUCUGUAAACUUAAAAAGUGUUGCCAAAUAGCCAAAUACCAUUAUGCGAUCGACCUACAGCGACUUCCACUUUUGACUAAGUGCCGUACAUUCCUGUGAAAGAUCUGGUGAAAUUUCUGAUCUCUCUGUCAGUUUGACUUUGUACAGAUGUAUUGUUAAUCUUUACACUAUUAAAUGGUGGUGACAAA